UUUUCGUCCAUUUUGUCUUUUGCUCGCUCUCUUCUUUUUCAUCCAGAUCUUAAGCAAUGGGUUACCGUGAAGGCACUCGUCACCUUUUCGCGCGAAAGUUCCGCCAACAUGGUGCCGUCCACCUGUCGACCUACCUCAAGACCUACCGAGUGGGCGACAUUGUUGACAUCAAGGGCAACGGUGCUGUCCAGCGCGGCAUGCCUUACAAGUACUACCACGGCAAGACUGGCCGCGUUUUCAACGUGACCCCCCACGCCGUUGGUGUUGUUGUCAACAAGCAGGUCGGCAACCGCAUCAUCAACAAGCGCGUCAACCUCCGCAUUGAGCACGUCAAGCACUCCACUUGCCGUCACGACUUCCUCGACCGCGUCAAGGUCAACGAGGCCAAGCGCCUCGCUGCCAAGAAGGAUGGCGUCCAGGUCUCCCUCAAGCGCCAGCCCCAGCAGCCCCGCGUCGGCCACGUCGUCCGCACCAAGAAGGUCUCCCCCGAGACCCUCUCGCCCCUCCCCUUCGACGAGCUUGCUUAAACAACAAGAAUUUGGUUCUGGAUCCUUUCGUACAGAGUCUCUCAUCUUUGGGUUUUUGCGCGAUUUGCAGUGUCCUUGCUCUUUUGCAGUUGUGCUUGUCCAUCAAUCCAAAGCUUUUGGUUUCAUGA